AUGGCUUGUAACGAAAACGUAAUAAAAAACAUCGCAAACGAAAUCGCCAGGAACUGCCAAAGCCAAAGCCAGACAACUGUAGACCCGGAGUUCGUCAUAUUUCUAAUAGAUCUACUGUUUCUUAACCCGAAGUAUGGGAAGUUGUUCUCGAAGUCAAUCAGUCGGAAUAACUUGGAAUAUUUUGUGAAUCAAUGUGUUUCUAUGCUCACAAAAAGUGAGACAUCAGUCAACACGAUGAAAAUGCAAUUCAUAAUGCAUACAAGUUACGAUACACUACAAAACCUCAUCGACAAGCAUCUGAGCUCGAUUGAGCAAUGUCUGAAGCCACUCAUCGAUGAAAUACUUGACGAAGACCCUGAUGGUGACGCGAUGACCAAGAAGCUGUUCAGGAAGAUAUCCAUUUAUAUAAUACUUUCGAGUGGGUUGGGCAACCCCGGAAUUAUUACGACGCUGAAGGAUGGCUUGGCAGCUUUAGAGAGCAUAUUCUCACUGGAUGACUUAAAGGUGUUUGUCGCGAUGCCGAAGGAUGAGAAGCGUAUGCAGGUGGAAGAGCUGAUGCAGGUGGCCUCGGGAGUGAGGCUGUUCAAUCGAGACUGUAAGAAAGGCGGAGAGGGCAUCCCUGAUUGUAAGUGCGACAAUUUGUAA